AGAUCUUUGGAUUCCAAAGUUUGGAAGAUCUUCUCUUGCAAAUGGAUUUGAUAUUUUGGGUUCUCAUGAAAUUGUUCAGUUUUGUUCUUGACGACAACUUGUUGUUUUCAUAAUCAUUUCUGGUGAUUUGACUCUUCCUUUGUAGCUUCAAGUUAUCAGAAGAGAUGAUAAAUUGGCAACCACGACACGUAACUGGAGAUGGAUAUCGAAGAAGAAAUUUACUCCCUCAAGAGGUAACCGAUCAUCCUUUAAAACCGAUCACUGUCACAAUCAAGGAAAGAUCUGGAUCUAAAUCAAGUGCCAAUGGACUUAAUCGGACUUCCACCAGUGAGACUAACAAAGUAAAGGCGAGAACUUCAUGGGGCGGUGUUGAUCCUUUAUCAGCUGCUCUACAAGAUUUUGACAUAACCACCCAUCAAUCAGCUGUGCAAUCAAAUUCAUUAGUCUCAGAUGGAAUAGCAGGAAAAGGAAAGGAGAAGCUUCGAGAUGAUGAGUUUGUGGAUGAUAGUUUUGAAAGUUGGUCUACGAUCAGAGUGGCCAUUCUCAAAGAAUAUACUACAUCUGAGAAAUUGUCGAUUAAAACUUCUUUUCUAAAUGGAGGCGAUUCUUCAGGUGUUACUGUUACCAGUUUGAGGAAUCUUCAAAGUACUUCGUUGGCAGAAAAAGUUAAACAUCGGCUUCAACAAUUAGAUGAUUUCGAUGACGAUUCGGUGAAAGAGAUGCUGAAUUUAAGUCAAGCUGAAUAUGUUCAUCGAAUAGAAGAUCUAAGUGUUGCUCUACGUUCGUCCUGGGAAUCUGAUCAAAGAGUUAAAGCUCUGAAAAUCGCUAUUCAAUGUGCCAAAUUGUUGGUCGAUGUCAGUGUAUUGCAAUUUUAUCCAAGCAAAUUUGUUCUCAUCACCGACAUGCUGGAUAGUUUCGGUAAUUUAGUUUACAAAAGGAUUCAUUGUAAAGCGGAAACACCUUCGGAAUUGGAAUCUGCUCGAGAAACUUGUCGCAAUUGGUUUUACAAGAUCGCAUCGAUUCGUGAACUAGUACCAAGAUUAUACGUCGAAACGGCUAUUUUGAAAACUCUAAGUUUCAUCGUUGAUCCUAAAAUCGUUUACUCAGAAAACUGUAAAGCUCUUUAUCGUUUGACAGCGAUGGCAAGAGGAGUCGGCGAUCCUUUGGUUUCUUGUUAUGCUCGCGCUUAUAUUUGUCGUGUAAUUAUGAGAAUCACACCAAUGGAAAAGAAAAUAAUCCGUCAGAACUUAACUGAAUUUCUGAUGAUUUCUGACCAGUUAUCGUCUAACUUUGUCUUAGCGACUGUUAAAGCUCAGAAAAUAAGCUUUGCAACUUACCUUACACUUUUCACUCCUGCCUUAAAUUGGAUCUUGCAAUGCAUCACAUUCAAAGCAUCUGACAGUUUGUUGGAAGAAAUUCUGGAAGAGUUUUCUGACAAUUUAAAACUAAAAGGAAAUCAUCCCAUCAAUGGAUUGUUAUUGAAUUCGAUACUUGUAACUUUCAAUUCGCGAUUUAUCAUCGAAAGAGCCAAAAGGAUAGUUGAUUUGAUAAAAGACUGUUUAACCAAUAACGAAGAGAAAGGCUUCCCAGGAUACUUGUUACUCAAAAAUCUUGGCUGUUCAUUCGUUGACGGAGGAUCGACUUGGCUCACAGUUGAAAAAUCUCACAAAUUAUUAUUGAUGAACGAAGUUUGGAAAAAAGUCGCAAAAUUAAAAUCCUCUCAUCACAUCGCAUGUGCCGAAGUUUGGAUGGAUUUUGUUGUCAAUUAUCUUGGAGUGUUUGAAGUAAACGUACUUCUAAAAGAUAUCGUUAAGCACAUGCAACCAGAUCGAGCUUAUGAAAAUCAUUAUGAUCAAUUAAUUUCCAUUGUGAAAAAAGUCACUCAACUUCCAACACUCGACAAUUUCACUUCAUUUUUUGCGAUGGAUAGUUUUAUACCCUUUUUGGAUAUGUUACAAAAAGAAUCCAUAAAAGUCGAAGCUUGUCAAAUAAUCGUCAAAUGUUACUUACAAAAGGUCAAGAACUCAAAUUCCGCCAUUUUAAAUGCUUCUCUGGACGACGAAGAUGAUUUAUGGACAAUAUCUGAUCCCGUUACAAUCAAUUCGUUGACCUACUUGUGCAAAACUAUCCAUGAUUCUGUAAAUGCAUUAACUCUCGACGAUGAUCGUAGAGAAAUUUCAAUUUUAAUAAUUGAUUUUCUCAGUUUGGUUUCCUUCCAUAGAGAUUUUCAAGGUUAUCUCAAUUUUCUUGUCGAGUCUCGAUCCAACUAUCAACAUUUAGAAGCUGUGGUUGCUUUUCUCGUUAAUUGUGUCAAUCGUCUCAUAAUGGAAACUCGAGCAAUCGUUAAGGGCCAGCACACGAAGAAAACAACAGCCUUUGUCCGAGCUUGUUUAGCCUAUUCUUUCAUUACUAUUCCAUCUCUUGAUGAUUCCAACAUUCGUUUGCAAUUAUAUCUAAAUUGUGCUCAAAUUGCUUUGGUUAAUUGUUGUUUACCACAAACGGACGCCUUUCUAAAAGCAGCAAUAGAUUUGAUUCCAUCUGCCAACAUGAAAAUUGAACUGCCCGAUGGUCAAGUGAGAUUAACGGAACCAUUGAUAGUAUCUUAUGUUGCGAACAUGCUUUCAUUUUUAAUUGUUGUUCCGGAUAACCCAGAAAAAGAAUCUUUAUUUUUAUUCCGUCAACUAUUCCAAGUGAUUAAAAGCAUGGAAUUUCAUAGCAACUUGGAUUCGAAACCUGCAAUUUACCUCAACAUGUUAGACUACUUAUUCUCUAUGGCUCAAGAAAAUUACUCUUAUCAUAUUGAUAAAGUUGAUUCUAAUGAUACUUUGUAUGGAAAUGAUCCACUUUUCCUUGAUCACAUCAAUCAAUUAGGUGAACAAAUUAUCGAAGAGAUUUUCAUUUACAUAAAGGAUCUUGGUAAAAGACAAUUGGCAAAAAGACAAUCAAACGUUUCAUUUGAUUGUUUCUAUCGUUUAAUUAUGAAUGGUGACACUAAAAAAGUUGGAAAAUUAGCUUUCAAUUUUUGGCAAUUAGGACUGAAAGAGAAUCUACUUGACAGCAAAUCUCUGACCAAAGGAAUCAAUUUCGUUAUUAAAAUGUCAAAAUGUUACAAUGAUCCUGAUCUUUUAAUCUUAUCUCAAAAAAUGGCUUCUUUGGUACAUUAACAAGCUGAGAACUCACGCCCUAAUUAAAUUAAUCAACUACCGAUGGAAAUCACGAAUUAUUACUUUUGAUAUAGUCAUUUUUUAUUUCAAAUGUUGAUAAAAGAAUCAAUAAUAAUUUAUAUUAUUCAUAAUGUAAACAUUUGGUAUAUUUUGUUUUUCGAAAAUAAAAAAAGACAAGUUAUACAUUCGUUA